GGCACGCAUCAACGAACCUUUGCUCGCAUCGUUCAUGCUUGAUGCUGAUUCUUUAAUUCUAACCUCUGUUUCGAUCAAGUAAAACUUGCACGAUACACAAUAUCUUAACAAAAUGCCUUUCAAACUUGUUGUUAAUGCUGCUGAUCCUCCUGUUGGAGCUUUGAUCAUUGCUGAGAUUCUUCGCCCCAAGUUGAAUUCAGAUUUAGAAGUUGUGUGGUCUAAUAAUUUUAGUAGAUAUAAUCCAGUCAGUCUUCAAUUUCUUGUCAAUGAUGAAGAUGUUUGGGCAGAUACAACAAGUGAUGUGGCUCGUUAUUUAUCAAGACUUGAAAAAACUAAACUGUAUGGCAGUGAAGAUCCUUUCGAAAAAACAGAGGUUGAUCAUUGGUUGACAUUUUCUGAAAAAACAUUUAAUACUCCUGAUAAAGUUACAAAUGCCUUAUAUUAUUUAGACCACAGAUUAAUGCCUAGAACAUGGCUAGUAGCAAAACAUUUAACAAUUGCAGAUAUUUGUGUAUUUUCAAAACUAAAUUCAUUGGUUGAUAUUAGUAGUGUUAAAAGCAAAUAUCCAAACUUAUUUAGAUGGUACAAGCAAAUGCUUGGAUUACCGGAAGUUGAAAAGGUUUUAUCAGUUAUUUCCAAAAAUGAAAUUAAUAAAUUUAAUAAAUCUAAGGAAAUUGGUAAGAGAAAACAAGAAGGAAAAUUUAUUGAAUUACCAGGUGCUGAAAUGGGAAAGGUCAUUGUACGUUUUCCUCCCGAGGCUAGUGGAUAUUUACAUAUUGGUCAUGCCAAAGCUGCACUGUUAAAUCAAUACUAUGCUGAAAAUUUCAAAGGUCAACUCAUUAUGAGAUUUGAUGAUACAAACCCUGCCAAAGAGAAUGUAGAAUUUGAAAAAGCCAUCUUAGAAGAUCUUGAAAUGCUUCAAAUCAAACCAGAUCGUUUUACUCACUCAUCUGAUUAUUUUGAUUUAAUGUUACAGUAUUGUGAGAAGUUACUAAAAGAUGGUAAAGCAUAUGCAGAUAAUACUCCAGCACCACAAAUGAAAGAACAGAGAGAUAAAAAAUUACCAUCCAGUAAUAGAAGCAAUUCUUUAGAAGAGAAUUUAUAUUUUUGGAAAGAAAUGCAACUAGGUACACCUAUUGGUCAAACAUAUUGUAUAAGAGCUAAAAUUGAUUACCAGUCAGCAAAUGGCUGUAUGAGAGAUCCUACCAUCUAUAGGUGUAAACUUGAGCAUCAUCCACGUACUGGAACCAAAUAUAAGGUCUAUCCGACAUAUGAUUUUGCAUGUCCUAUUGUGGAUGCACUAGAGAAUGUUACACAUACUCUGCGUACCACUGAAUACCAUGACAGAGAUGAGCAAUUUUAUUGGUUCAUUGAACAGCUGAAUCUUAACAGACCUUACAUUUGGGAAUACUCACGCCUUAAUAUGACGAAUACAGUAUUGUCUAAGCGUAAAUUGGCUUGGUUUGUUGAUGAAGGUCUAGUUGAUGGAUGGGACGAUCCUCGAUUCCCAACAGUAAGAGGUAUUUUACGCAGAGGAAUGACAGUGGAAGGCUUGAAACAGUUCAUAAUUGCUCAAGGUAGUUCUCGAUCAGUUGUAUUUAUGGAAUGGGAUAAGAUAUGGGCUUUCAAUAAGAAAGUUAUUGAUCCCGUGGCUAUUCGAUACACGGCUUUAACCGUUGGAGACACUGUCCCGGUUGAAGUUAGAGGUGCGAUAGAAGGCUUCCUUACAGUUGCAAAUCAUCCAAAAGAUCCAUCGAUUGGCACGAAACAGGUACGGGUUAGCUCAAGAGUUCUAAUUGAGCAAGAAGACGCGCAAAGUUUGAUUGAGGGACAGAAUGCUACAUUUAUUAAUUGGGGCAAUAUCAUGAUUGAAAAAAUGUAUCGCCAAUGUGGAAAAAUCAUUAAAAUCGAUGCUUCUCUCAAUUUGAACGAUACAAAUUUCAAAUAUACACAGAAAUUAACAUGGCUGGCUGAUAGUAGUACAGAAAUUGCUAAUAAAACACCUAAAAUUAUCAAGAUUCCAUGCUUUGCUGUUUAUUUUGGCCACAUCAUUAUAAAACCAGUAUUAGGAAAAGAUGAAGAUUUCAAAAACUUCGUUGCAAACGAUACAAGGAGAGAAAUAGAAAUGCUUGGUGAAGCUGAGCUCUGCAAAGUGAAAAAGGGAGAUAUUAUUCAACUUCAAAGAAAAGGUUUCUUCCGUUGCGAUGUCCCAUAUGCAGAAGCUACCGUUCAUUCAUUCCGCGAACAGCCAUUAAUUCUUUUCCACAUCCCAGAUGGUCACAGCACAAUCACGCUACCGGGUGCUCCGGACAAACCUACUCUUUAUAAUACCAGACCAGAAAAACACUCACCAGAAUCGAUACUCAAAAUCAUAGAAGAUAUAAUAGUUCAACAAAAUAAAGUAAAAGCUUUACAAGAUGCUAAAGCUGACAAAACAGUUAUUGAUGAAGAAUAUUGUAUACUUACUCUUCUCAGAGAGAAGUAUAGAGCGAUGACAGGUGAAUUUUGGCUUUUAAGAUCAAUACCGCCUCCAGUUUCAAGUCCACGUAAUGAAUUGGACGAUCAGGUGUGUCCUACGAAAGUAAAUGAUGCAAUAAUCGCUCAAGGAAAUAAAAUUCGAAAUUUGAAAGCUGAUAAAGCUGAUAAAGCAACUAUUGACUGUGAAGUUAAAGAUCUGUUGAGUUUGAAGGAAAAAUAUAAGAGCAUCACAGGUCAAGAUUGGAAGCCCGGUGUAGUUCCGCCAGCAAAAAGCACUGCUUCAAUGGAAUUACAACGCAUCCGAGAAACAGCCGAUAAAAUUAAUGAAGAAAUAAUAGCACAAGGUUACAUUGUACGAGAAUUAAAAAUUUUUGGAGCAGACGAAGCCAGUAUUGAUGAAGAAGAGAAGAUUUUGUUAAAUUUGAAAGAAAAGUACAAGACAAUCGCAAAUAAAGACUGGAAGCAAGGUUUAAUUUCUCCUGAUCCUAGUACUUCAGAGGAAAAAAUAAAUGACGAAAUCUUAGCUCAGAUGACAAAACUAACGAAACUCGAUGAGUCUGUAAUGGAUACAGCGGCUGUUGAUGCCGAACGCAAAACCCUUUUGCGUUUAAGAGCUAAGUUUAGAUCAUUCACGGGUACCGAAUGGCCUAGAAUGACGAUGACGGUGUCUAGAUCAAUUUCUACAGUAUCAGUUGAACUAGAAAAACAGAACAGGGCAAUCAAGUAUCUGCUGACUAAAAAGACCAGUCUUGAAUUAAUAGCUCAAGAAGUGGCUAAAUUGGUUACACUCAAAAAUGAAUUCAAACAAUUAACUGGUAAUGACUGGAAACCAGUAGGGUUAAGUUCUAAAAAAUCUAUUGAAAAUAACGCCAAUUUCAAUAUACAAAAACUAAGCAAGCCGCAGGAUAAUAAAGUGAGACACUGCAACUUUUUUAAACCAGAUAUCCAUGCAAAUAAAAAAUUAUACUCAGUUCACUUUCCUUUAAAGUAUGAAUGCAAAGACCUUGUGAGUAAAGAAGUCUUUCAUUUCGACGAUAACUUAACUCUACCCGAUGCUAAACCAAAAGUUCCCAAGCAAGAAUCAGCUAUAGCUCUCAAGCAACAAUCGGCUAAAGCUCCUAAGAAGGCUGCUAAGAAAUCUGAAACUAGUAAGGUUGCUGCAGUUCAGGACGAGAAUACAAAGACAGGAACGAGAUUAGGUUUGGAAGCAAAGAAGAAUGAAAAUUUAUCUGAUUGGUAUUCGCAAGUCAUUACUAAAGGAGAAAUGAUUGAGUACUACGAUGUAUCAGGAUGCUACAUUCUUCGUCCCUGGAGUUACGGUAUCUGGGAUAUUAUUAAAGACUUUUUCGACAAAGAAAUCAAGAAGUUAGGUGUGCGCAAUUGCUAUUUCCCCAUUUUCGUUAGUAAAUCCGCUCUUGAAAGAGAAAAGGAUCAUAUUACCGACUUCGCUCCCGAGGUAGCAUGGGUAACCAAGAGUGGCGAAUCAGAUUUGGCUGAGCACAUUGCUAUUCGACCAACUUCGGAAACUGUCAUGUACCCAGCUUAUGCUAAAUGGCUCAAAUCUUACCGUGAUCUCCCGCUAAAACUCAAUCAAUGGAACAAUGUCGUUAGGUGGGAAUUCAAACAUCCUCAACCGUUCUUGCGUACUCGAGAGUUUCUAUGGCAAGAGGGUCACACAGCUUUUGCAACAAAAACAGAGGCCGAUGAAGAAGUAUUGAUAAUAUUAGAUUUGUACGCCAGGAUAUAUGAGGAAUAUUUAGCAAUACCAGUCGUAAAAGGUCGUAAGACUGAAAAGGAAAAGUUCGCUGGUGGCGACUACACUACGACCGUAGAAGCUUAUAUUUCUGCAAGUGGACGAGCCAUUCAAGGUGGUACAAGUCAUCACUUGGGUCAAAAUUUUUCAAAAAUGUUUGAUAUUCAAGUUGAAAGCAAUCUAGAGGGAAACGAAAAAAUUUUCGUUUAUCAAAAUUCGUGGGGAAUCACCACACGAACAAUUGGAGUUAUGAUAAUGAUCCACGGAGACGACAAAGGUCUUGUUAUUCCUCCUAAAGUUGCCACAGUUCAAGCAGUUAUUGUACCGUGUGGAAUUACUGCGUCUACUACCACGGAGAAAAGAGAUAAACUACUGGAUGAAUGCAAGAAAUUAGAAAACGAAUUGGCGGCCGGUAACAGCAUAAGAGUUGAAGGAGAUUAUAGAGAUAACUACAGUCCAGGAUGGAAAUUCAACCAUUGGGAGUUGAAAGGUGUACCAGUACGCGUUGAAUUGGGACCGAAAGAUUUGGAAAAAGGUCAAAUUACUCUAGUUAGAAGAGAUACUGCUCAGAGAAUAACUGCAAAACGUUCUGAAGCUAACUCGUCCGUACGGAAAUUACUUGAUCAAAUUCAAUGUAACUUAUUUGAAAAAGCAACAUUUGAAUUGAAUGAGCACAUCAAACAAUCACAUCAGUGGAGUGAAUUCUGCUCACUUUUGGAUGAAAAGAAUUUGAUUCUUGCUCCAUUCUGUGGUAAAAUUGAAUGCGAAGACAAAAUAAAAGCAGACAGCGCGAGAGAUGAAGCUACUGAUGAUGGGUCACCUUCUAUGGGAGCUAAAAGCUUGUGCAUACCAUUUAAACAACCAGAUGGAAGUGUUGAAAACAUAAACACAUUGAAAUGCAUUUAUAAAAACUGCGAAGAAAAAGCCAAAUUCUAUACAUUGUUUGGCAGGAGUUAUUAGAUGAUUGUUGGUUUGAUUGAUAAGUCAUGUACACAAAAUUUGGUUACAAAUAAGAUGAAACUGUUUGUACAUUUGGCAAAUAAAUAAAAUUAUCCACUUUUUCAAAAGUCUAAACUUUCAAAUUACGA